UCCUUCGCACAUGCGCACGUUUUCACAAAACCGCAUUCAACAUUAAUAUUUCAACAAAUAGAUUAAUUUUGACCAAAUAAGUUUAAGUUUGUGCCAAAAUUAUAAAUAAAAUUUGCAUUUUGCAUCAUAUACUCUGCAAUAACAUGUAAACACAUCGGAUUAUAAGUCAAAAUGUACCGGAAUCCUAAAUACUACUUUUUGUUAUUAACUUUAUUCAUACAUUUCGAAUUAAUCAAAGGAGCAGCCGAAAGAAUUGUGUUUUCUUUCCCCGAAUUCCAAUAUAAAGAAUCCAGCAGAAAUGAAUUAAUUUUUCGUGAAUUUGAAUCAGCUUGUGAACAAAGUAGCAGGUGCUCACAUUUGACUAAUAUUGCAGCAAGACAAAGGUGCAUCAGGGAAUGUGUGUCGCCUUCUUGUUAUGAAGAUAUUUAUACACAAGAUCAGCUUGAAGAUGGUGAGAUUGAUGUCCGUUUGAACUCUUUCAAAGGAUGUUUCAUACAAAGAUCUGGCAGGCCAAGAACUUAAACAUAGUUUUAAAAGGGGUGUGCAAAGUUAAUUUAUUUAAUUACUGUCCUAAAUGAAAUGAUAUAUAUAUAACAGAAUAGCAGCAUAUUAUUAUUUAAUGCUGUGUAUAUUUUUGACGUAUUUGUACAUACAAAUACAAA